AAUAUUUGUUCUUUCGCGUCGUUAUUUUAAGACGUAUAAAUUGUUCUAAAAGUACAUUUUAAAACGAAAUAAUUAUGGAACGUUGUUUUGAGAUCAAAGAAGAAAAUUUGCCAGAAUGUUUGAGGAAAGCUGUAUUUUGGGUGAGAAGUACAAAAGAUGAAGAAAAUGAAAGACGAUUAGAAGAAGCAAUUGAAAGAAGAUUACUUAAAGACAUAGAUGAGUUAAAGUUGAAAGGAUCUUGGGAAUUUACUCAAAAAGAUAAUCCUAUUGCUUCAUUUGUACCUGAUAUUGUCAUUAAAUAUAUUCAGCAGGAACGUUUCAUAAAAUUACCAUUCAGAACUAAAUUUUAUGGUAUUGCUUUAUUUGCUGAUAUAUCAGGCUUUACUUCAUUAACUGAAAAAUAUACACAAAUUGGAACUACUGGAAUUGAAGAGUUGACAGAAACAUUGAAUAACUAUAUUGGUCCUGUUGUUGCUAGAAUAAUUGCUGCCAAAGGAGAUGUAUUUAAAUUUGCAGGAGAUGCUAUUUUAUGUUUAUGGCCAGUAAAAAAAGAAAAGAAAAUACCAUCUGUAUUGAGAACAGUAGUUAACUGUGCUCUUAACAUUCAAGAAACUUAUGGAAUUCUUACAACAAGUCUUGAUGUGAAAUUACGCAUUAAAUUUGGAAUAUCUGCAGGAUUAUUUGAUUUUUUAAUUUGUGGUAAAGAAACUGAAUUUAUUCAACCAAUUUGUGUAGGAGAGCCAAUAGUAAAUGUUCAAGAUGCUCAAAAUCAAUGUGAACCAGGAGAAGUAAUAAUAACUAAUGAGGCAUGGCAAUUAUUGAAACAUUAUCACUCUUCAUACACUUUUAUACGAAUAAAAGGACAAUUUAUAAAAGUAUUAGGGAAACAGUUUCAAAGUCAUACUAAAGAGAGAGAAGCACCAACAGGUAAAGAAAGACAAGAUGUGAUUAAAGGAUGCAAAACAGAAAGCCAAUUAGCUACUAUUAGUCUUUUUUUACUUCCUAUGCUUAGAGAUCUUGAUGCAAAACAACUGGAAUAUUUGGCAGAAGUACGAAAAAUCACUACAGUAUUUAUGAGUUUUCCUGAAAUAGAUAUUAUAAAAACUGUUGGAGAUAUCAUUGUUGUUGUUGAAGUAGUCUAUAACUGUACCUAUGAUAUGCAAGGUAUUUUCAAUAAAACUGUAUGUUUUGAUAAGGGCUGCACAUGUCUUGUUGUUUUUGGACUUCCAGGAUAUAAGCACCAAGAUGAUAGUGCGAGAGGAUUACUUUGUGCAAGUAAAAUUUCAUCUAAAAUGAAACAGCAUUCCAUGGUGCCCAGAUUUAUCAUGAUGAUCUUGAAUAACUUCAUUGCUUUUAAAAUGUUCUAUUGGAAUCACAACAUCAGUUACAUUUUGUGGAAUUAUUGGAAACCCAUAUCGUCAAGAAUACACAGGUUUCUAUUAAAACUGUUUUGA